AUGGGUUUGUUUUCUUUCUUUAAGAAAAAGGAAACGGGAGUAAAUGCUAUUUUACUGGGACCUCCAGGAAGUGGCAAAGGAACGCAGGCUCCAAAACUUUCUGAGAAAUUUUGCUCUUGUCAUUUGUCAACAGGAGAUAUGCUGAGAGCAGUAGUUGCAUCUGGUUCUGAUCUUGGUAAACGAGUUAAAAAGGUGAUGGAUGACGGUAACCUGGUAUCUGAUGAUCUAGUUGUUGAAUUGAUUGAUGAUAAUCUUAAUAAGCCAGAGUGCAAGAAUGGAUUUCUUCUUGAUGGCUUCCCCAGAACCGUUUUGCAAGCGGAAAAGCUUGACCAACUUUUGCAAAGAAGAAAUCAAAUACUGAAUGCUGUUAUAGAAUUCAGAAUUGAUGAUGAUUUAUUGGUAAAGCGAAUUACUGGAAGAUUAAUCCAUCUAAAAAGUGGAAGGUCUUAUCAUACUGAGUUCAACCCUCCUAAAGUACCAAUGAAAGAUGACAUCACUGGAGAGCCUCUGGUUCAUAGAUCAGAUGAUAAUCCUGAAGCUCUAAAAAAAAGAUUGGAUAAUUAUCACAAACAAACAACUCCUUUGAUAGAUUAUUAUGGAAAAAGAGAUUUGCACAGACAUGUUGAUGCCAGUCAGAGUCCAAAUAAAGUGUUUUCAGAAAUUGUAAAUUUACUUGAAAAUUUGCCCCGUAAAGACAGAAUUUUUGCUAGUAAUGUUAAUUUCAGUUUUAAAAAAUGA